AUUUCAAUUGGCGGGAACGGGAUCUGAAAUAAUUGUUGCAAUUUGGUUUCUGUUGUGCUUGUAGUUGUUUUGUGUAUAAUAUAUUGUAUUGAUCCAGAUGAAUUGGUGUGUUUUGUUUGUUGAACUGCAUACAUUUUGAAACAAGCUGAUAGGUGGUCCAUAAUGACAUCAGUUGAGGAAGCACACGUUAAACUUCGUGAACCUAUUGAGCUACUUCAGAAUGCUCUUAAAUGUGUAAUAUGUCUGGAGGACUAUAAGGACCCGGUGCUGACGCGCUGCGAGCACCUGUUCUGCUGGGAGUGCAUCUCCAGAAUCCUGAAGGACCGGCCUGGCCCACGCUGCCCUCUCUGCAAGAAGCCCGUCUCUCGCCGGGGCAUCACCCGUGCCGAUCACAUCUCCCACAUGAUCGCCCGGUUCGUCGACCUUCGCGAGAGCAUCCCCAAGGACACUGGCUUCGAGCUUGAAUCUUUUCUGGGCCUACCAACUGGUGCAAAAGAAGCACCUACUAACUCUCCAUUGACUAGAAAAAACAGAAACAGUAAUUUAUUUCAAACACAGACCAUACCCCAGGCUACGGUUGUUACGGAACAGAGUGAAGGUACAACUGUUGGAUCAAACACUGAAGAAAAUGUGGUUCUGUCAGACAUUGUGCUCAUCAGCGAUAUAGAAGAAAGUGAAAAAGUAAACCCUCCCAAGGGGAAGAAGUUUGGCCGAUGUUACAAGCGGAGGUCUUCAGAUCAGGCAAAGUUGGCGCAAGCAGGGCAUAGACUCUGGAGUGAGCAAGGUAGUGUUCAUUCAGACGUUGUAGGUGUUAGGCCAAAAGAAACUGAUUCGAGCUCGUUUAGCUCAGGCAUUGAGAUAGUGGAUGGCAUUCGGGAUAGUGACUCAUUGUCCAGUGUUCAGUGCUUGUCUAGCGACAGUGAACUGGCUUCGGCGGCCGGGGAGGACGUGGAUGUGACAACGGAAUCUGGACCCCGGGCCAGUGGCAGGAAGAGAGGCUAUAAUGGUCCCCCAUUCCCAUUCAGUUACCCCGUGCGCAAGGUCAGGAACCAGGGCACUGCCUUUGAGAAGUUGAUGAAGAAGAGCAGCAUGGCCAGCAGCCAGGCCUUGUCGCAGGGAGUAAAGGAUUCCCACGGGAAAAAAAUAUUUACAUGCAAAGAACAGCCAGAGGAUGAAAAAAGGAUUGGAAAGGACAUAAAUAACGGGGAUGAUCCGUACGUGUUUGUGAGCAGCCAGCGUACGCCCCAUCGUGUUAAGUACAAAAAAGAUGGUGUCAAAGACUUGGGGAAAAUUGGGCAGCCACCUGCACGUAAAAAUACAACAAAAAGGAAGCAAGAUGUGCAAGUAAUGAAGAACGAUUCUUCCAAUGAGAUCACAGGAGUGAGUCUGUUGGAAUCAGGCAGUCAAAAUUUCAUAGAAAGUUGCCCUGUUGAUGUUAAUGAUGAUUUUGACAAGCUGGUGAUCAAAACACGUCAAUCAGUGCUUCAGACUCAGUCUACUAACUGUAGGUUUUCUGAAGCACCAGUGAGCAAAAAUGACACUGUAGACUCUAACUUGGAUCUUUUAUUCAGGACGCCCAACAACGACACCUUUGUUCCAGAAUCACCAGCAAUGAGCAAAGAAAGUCUUGUGAGCCAUGACAAAAAGAGAGGACAUGGGAAACAGAAGAGUUCCAGGAAGAGCUUAAAAAUGAGCAAUUUAUGUGCAGCUGGUGUGAGUAACAACUCACGCACUACAAAGUCUUUGGUGAACCGUGUUUCAUUUGGCAAAGAUGAAAAACCUUCACUAAGUCAGCAAGUGAGAGAGAUACAGCAACAGUUCAACGAUGUCGAUAGCCACGAGUUGUCGGUGGAACAGAAGGAAGCGCCUACCAAAAGAGACACAAACAAAAAUAUCUUGGAUCUAAAUGUGAUGGGUCCUGAGCACGUACAGGGUAGAUCAUUUCAGAAAAGUUCAAAUGGUACAAAACGAGUGAGCUUUGCAGACACAAAAGAACCUAUACCAGCAGCUCAAGUUAGUUACUCUGUUGAAAAGUUAUCCUCUGUAGACAUUUCAGUUAUUGAAAAUGCCAGUGCAGAUAAUCAUCCCAUGUCCCGCUCCGCCAAUUCGUCAGGUGAUAUUUGCAACAGUGAAGUCACUACUGAAGUACUGGGUACACUGGAAGAUACGAAACUGUCAGAUACAGUCAAGGGAGGUGCUGACGUUGGCAGUUGUGAAGCUGCAAGUCUGAAAUCAGCUUUGACUUUUGAUCUGGUUGGUGAUGCUGGCAGCUCCGUGUCCAGUCCAGGCGAGCCGAUUUUAGGCUUCGAAAGGAGUCCCGCAAAUGGGGAUGCACAAGUGCCGUGGAGGACGCACACUGCCAGGAGUCUGAAGUUGCUGGAAGAAAGUCCGGGGCUCAAGAGGAAGAGAGAAGACCCAGAUGAAAUGAGCGAUGCUCCCGUCGCAGAGAUUGUGAAAGAGACAGUUCCUGUUAACAACAUUGGCUGCAAUGACUCUGGAGCUAAGAUUAUAGUGGUUGAUGGUGAUGGCAUUGAUGUGGAAACACCUUCAGUGCUUGAUUCGAAUGUGUCUGUUGCAUUAGAGGAUGGUCCCAAAUGUGUGGUUGAACGUCCACAAAAACGUGUCAUUAAGAAAAUGAAGCAUUGCAAGUCUUAUGAGACCUUGAGAAGCAAACCAAAAGGAUCCAGCAUAGCACCAAACACUCCCAGAGUAAAACAAAGGGUUUGUAACCGGGCAACUCUGACAAUGGUAAGGACUGCGGAUGUGGGCACGGAGGUGGAUCUCCAUCUGACUUCCAGGCCUCGCGCCAGAACACGCACUUACAUCGAAGCCUCAGUGCAGACAGAUGAGGUUGAUGUUGUGGCAGAAAAGCGUCCUGUACUUACAGUCGAUGCGCAGACCAGCCCCAUUAAGCCCAACUUGAGUGGUGUCGAGAAAUCAGACACGCAAUUGCAGAUGUGCGAGGAACCAGAGAACACGGAGUGUGUGUCUGGAACUUUCGAUGAAGCUGUCGAGGAUGCUGCUUAUUUAGCAGAGAACUUCAGUGUACUGGGAGCAAAAAAUAGUUCUCAGAAGAGUCUCCCAGCAGAAGAAAGUGAGAAACUUGAAUUUUCUUUACUAGAGGAUGCAGAUGUUUCUGUGGUUCAUGUUGCGAUUGGGUCAUCACAGUUGAUAAAUGAAUCACCUCCUCAGAAAACUAAGGAAACGAAUGAAAUAGGCCUGUUGUCGAAUAAACCCAGCUCCAACGGACAAUCGAUUAGAGUCGAAACUUUUUCGCAGGGGGGAAAGGACCUUCAAUCUUAUAGUGGUAAACUGUCACUGGCAAGCUCUGCAGCAAAAGCUGCGGACAAAAUUCAAAAUACUAAACGCAUAGACAACAGCAAAAGUAAAGGAAAAGGUCCUGUAAGUUUUAGGUCCAACAAGAUGUCUCGGAAGUUGUCCUUUUCGCCUAAUUAUGUUCCCACACUUUCUAAGGAACCUUUUCCAUUGGUAUUGGGAACAGAUUCCUCAGAAAGUGAAGAAGAGUUCAGAACGAAACGGAGCUUCAAGUGUACAAGGAAAUCUAAGCCCCUGAGUUUAUCUUCAGAUUCAGAUGCAGAACAGCAAAGCAAAGCUUCGAAAGAGAACUGUGAAAAAUAUGUUUCUAAUGAUGGUCAAGACUCCAUACCUUUUGAGGAUCGCAAUGGACUGGAAGUCCUGCCGAAGGCAGUCAGCUGCGCUUCGCGACCUGCCGUGAAGCUCGACUCUCCGCCUCAUUCGCCCGCCGGAGUCCCGGGUGCAGGGCCCGCCCCGGAAGCAGCCCGGGAGCCAGAGAGCUCGACCGCGCUCAUCACGCCGUCCUUGCAGGCACUCCUGCAGUCAGGUGCUUCCCAGGAAAACACUAUGGAGUUCCUGGAAGGGGGAGAAGCCUGCCGGCCCGCCACUCAGCACUCUGCAGCAAGCUUCGGGCCAUUGGACACUCAGCAGCUCCAGAACAUAGACCUGGCCGUCAUUGCAGCGGGCGAAGAUUUGCCGAACCCGCAGCAGUCCAAGGAGGAUUAUGCAUCCCUGAUUGACGACCAGGAAAUGAUGUACGAAGACAUAAUUGAGCCCACGCCACAGAAGAAGUCCUCAUUUGUGUCGCACAGUGUUUCUAAGAUGAAAUUUGAAUCAAGUUGGAAGUCCAAAAGCGUGGAUGUCAGAGCGCUGCCCCAGACACAAGCAUCCAGGUCGACGUCGGAGACGGAUGAGAGGCAGACCGGUGCCCCGGGUAGAGCGCCGCUGGCCGGCCAGCGCGCCCCCUUGCAGGUGGUCACCAACGCGCUGCCCGCUGCCUCGAGGCCGGCCGCCGACGCGCAGGGGAAGCCUCUGUGCCUCGCCUGCAGCAUGCUCUCCGGACAGUCCAAAUUCCUCGUCCAGAAGCUGGUGGAGACGUUCCGCCUGCGAUUCUCGCCCACCUACCACGCGGGCGUGACCCACCUGCUGGUCCCUCGCACCGAGGAGUCCAUCCAGUCCGUCAAGUACGUGUUUGCCGUCGCCGAGAAGAAGUGGGUCCUGUACGAGGACUGGGUUGCAGACAGCCUCCAGGCACGCGUUCUGCUCCCGGAGGAGAACUACGAAGUGAGUGAGCCGGUUAGCGGAGGGCCUAGGAGGUCCCGGCUGAGCACGGAACCUCUGUUCAAAAACUACGUCAUGUGCUUCAUCCCGCCUUUGGAGGCCAUAACAAAAGAGCAGAUUGAGGAGGUGUCAGCACUGUGCGGGGCGGAGAUUGUAUCCGAGCCAGCAUUGCUGAUUGGACGGCCUGGACAUACUGUGUUGUUGCUGUGCAACGAGAAAAACGAGAACGCAGCUUUAGAGCUCUUCAGGAAGUACAAAAUCCCCCCAAUCAGCUACUAUUACGUGAUUGACUCCAUUUCAGCUCAUCAGUUAUUUGACCCAUUCAUCUAUUUGAUCACCAAGAGCAUAGGAGAGUCCAUCUUCAGGAAGUUUGGGUACAGUAUGCCCCUCCAGCAGUAACGUAGCAAGGACGUGUUGAGUGUCAUCCUGCUGGCUUUGAGUGUGGAACUGUGUGUUUCUCCUCCCAGUGUGGAAAUCAUGAAGCGAAAUGAAAUGAAACGUCAGCCAUUAUCAACAUCACUACACAAACUAAGCACCAGAUACUAUGUGGAGAUUGUUUGUAACCUCCAAAUUCCAUCAACUGUUCUGCUAGAUUUUUAAAAACAUAGCUGACAAACCAAUCUUCAUUACUUUUACGUUAGGUAUAAAAUGUGUUUGUGAUUUUUACACUCCAAAUUGUAAACAGCCUACUUAAAGAAAAGAAAGAAAAAAAUCCUUUAAAAAAAUGAAUCUUGCACAACAUUGAGUUUUGAUUUUGAACAAUGUCGUGAUAAAAAAAAGAGCAUUUUUUCCACCAUAUCUAGCCAAUACUACUCAACUUCUCAUUUUAAGUGAUACUAUAAAUGCCAGUAACUGUGGCAAUAUGUGAAAUAAAAUUGGAUUAUAUGUAUUCAACAUUCUAUUUUAUAAUGUAAGGAUUGGUUUGUCAAAUACAUACAUACUAGUACAUGUACCGUAAAUAGUGUUACGUUAGUUCCUAAACUAUGUAUUAUGGUUGUGCGAAUACUCAGUAGUUCAAUGUCAAAACAUGUACAAUAUGCAUUUUCAAUUUUGAAAAGGAAUUCUCUUUAUGAAUGUUAGUGAAACAUAAAUGUUGAUUUAAAUUAAUAUUUAAGUGUCUUAACGAAUGUUCUGAAAUUACAGUAAUAGUCAAAAGUUUUUUUUUUCCAAUGAAAUAUUUAAACUAGUAAUAAUAAUUUUUUUUUGUUAAGCAUCAUAUCCAUUCAUUCGUACAGGCUGGCUCCAAAGAUAAAAUACUCUAAAAUAUAAAAUAAUUGAAUUUAGGACAAACUUGAACAUAACAUUACCUCUAAUGUAUGUCAACCUCAAAUAUUAAAUUUUUUAAUGCAAGGCAGACUUGAAACAAACAGGACAUUUGAAUAUAAGCAAUCUUGGUUAUAAGAUGACUGGAUGAACUUACUUAUGAAGUGGCUUCUAUUACAACAUAAACAUAAAAAUAAAAUAAAGGUGGUCUUAAAUGUAAGAUAACUUACCACUCAACAUGAGAAUUAAUGUUUACUUUUAAUUUUAGUGUUAUGAAAAUUCAUAACUUUGUAACAUUUGUUUAACUGAGAAAGUUGCAUUAAAAAUAACAAUGCUAAAGUGAACUUCAUUAUAAAGUACCUCACUAAAGUAUUUCUCAUUUUCAAGUAUAUAUUUUCAGGUCUCAACAAGAUGUUUUACAUUUAGUAACAGUUCAGUAUAAAGCAUUUCAUUAUUAAAUACCAAAAAAAUGGGUGGUGUUUUUUUUUUUUUUUUUUUUUUAAUUUUUAUUUAUUUAUUAUAAAAAACAUUGUAAUGAGAUUUCACUGUAAUUACUUUGAAAUCUUUAAAUAGGAUAAAACAAAGUCACUAUCCGAAUCUGUUUGUUCACUUCUUCCAAAUUACACAAUAUAUUCUUAUGUGAUUAAGUUGUAAAAAGUGGCUGUUAGGACAUUUGCAUUGCUUGAUUAAUUAAUGUAAUACAAAAUUGUAAGUCUUAAAAAUACCUACAUAAAAGUCAGUGAUAGCAAGUUUUCCUCUAAGCAUGACUAAUGGUAAACAUUAAAACUUUUAAGAUUGAUUUUAAAAAUGGGAUAUUUGCAAAGCUAUUGUGACUAACAUAGUUUUAAUCCUUAUCCAUUUUGAUUCUGCGGAUGCCAUUAUUAUCAACAGAUCUACCAUUUCAAUUUAAACGACUUCAGUUCCCAAUUCUUUUUUGGUGACAAUAAAUAAAGCCAGGGUCAGAUAUUCAAUGUUGCAAGAAUAGAUGUGAGCAUUGAGUGCUUGUCACAUGGAUAGGCUCUAUUUAGCCCUUUCGCAUGUGACUUCUAAACAAAAUCUGUUUUGUGUUCUCUCAUGAAAAGAAAAAAAAAGUUGUCAAUAUUGUUUACAAAGAAAUUCUUUAGUUAUGGGCAAUGCAUGUAUAUAAUUAAUUGUAUAUAAUUUUGUAACGCCACAUUAAUAGAUUGUGCAGCCAAAAGGCUUAUCACUAGUUUUGUAUAAAUGAUUUUCCUGCAAGUGUUUACCAAUAGGCCUAUUAAAUAUUCUGUAUUUAUAUCAAAUUACAUCAUAUUUCUAUUUCUUAUUUCAUAUGCAAGAAAAUAUAUCCUUUUAAUUUUCGUUUCGUUAAAGAAUUACAGUAUUCACACAACCCUUAAAACUGUAGCAUUUUCAGGGUCUAAAACAGAACUUAUUUGCUUUUAUAAAAAAAUAAAAACAUUUAAUGUUGAUUUUUGUGUGACAGUAUGAAUUUGUAUUAGCAAUUCAAGGGGAAUAAACACAAAGGAUGCUUUUGCUGGCAAUAAAAUGCUACAAACUGCAUUGCAUUGAAGUAAACUCAAGAAAGAAGAAACACAGAGGUAAUAAAAGAAAGGGCAAGCCAUCAAAUACCUGGGCAUGUGGCAGAUGCCUCUCCUCCAUAGACUAAAUAUAAGAUGCUGGACUUCUGCACUAGAAUAACUUUAGCAUAGUUUGCUCUCUGAACUGUUUGAAUCUUCUGAUGUCUACAAGGCCAUAUUUGUAUGUUUAUAAUUGGUACUCAUGAAGACGUGUUUCAUUAAAAAAUUACAUACCUGUAAAGUAGUAAUUAGUACAGAACAUAUUUUAUUUAUCACCCUAUCAACUUGUAAAGAAAUAUCAAACACUACAUUGAAAUGUGAACAUACAAAGUGCAAUUAUAUUAUAUACCCUCAACAUGCCAACUGCAUCCGGCACGAGUGCGUGACGUGCCAUCGCGAUAGUUCUAUCGGCAGAUAAUCUGUUCCACUAUAGCCUGGUGGUAGAGACCACUGUGGCUCUAGUCACAGCCCUCAACAUUCUGCUGUGUCGAUCUGGGUUGUGCCCAGAUUUUUGUUUCCUGCAAGUGGGAAACAUGGCAGACGCAGUGACCUUGUAGGUUUUCUUUGGGUGCUUCUGUUAACCCCGCCAUUGCGUUGCGAUCAGCGCUUCAUUCUCACGUCACCACUCACCGUCACUGAUGUUCCCAGUUCUGGUAUCAGUCCACCUCGUCUUCACUUCUUGCAGUGCAUUCCUUUGCGAAGCCCCCACUCAUUUGUCCGUACUUUCGUAAUUAUGGCUUAUACUUACGGUGUAAGAAACGUACAGAUAUGGCACUAUGAAAGUGGUGAUGAAUGCAGGAGAGAAAAAUCAUAUUUUGUAAAAAUUAAAAGUAUAAAAAAAAAAUUUCCUGCGCCAUUUCACUGUUCCCUUUGUGUUUUCUUCCAUCUUGCUUGUAUUUACUUACUUUUUUUUAGCUUAUCCUGAGCAUCGUUUAGUUUUUCUAUUAUGUGUUUUUUUUUUAUCACUUCUUAAAAAUUAAUUAUUUUUUUAUUUUAAACUUACAUCUGCACAUUAUGAACAAAGAAAACAGUUAAAUGGUUCUCUCACAUGAGAUUAAGAGAUUUUUGUUGGUAGUGUAUUUUUUUUAACAAGGUGUGCAAGUGUUCAUUAGUUUUAAAACUAAAUGUAUUUUUGAUUUCAUGUAAAUAUGUUUAUAAUAAAACUUUAUUCUUUGGAAACAAAAAUUAUUUUUUUUUCUCAUACUUCCAAAGCAGUUUUUUCUUUUGGACAAAACAUAUAGCCUGAGAAGCAUUUGUAUGAUGGUUAGUUGCAGACAGCACUUUGGACUUUCUCAGUGCACUUCAUUCAUAGAGCCAAGAUUUUAUGUUGCUAUAAAAAGGCAAAUUUGAUUAUUAAAAAUGGUGCAUUUAGUCUUUGUUUGUAACUUUUGUCCUGAAUAGUGAAAACAGGUCAGGAACAUGAGGAAAAAGAGACUGGCAGAGUAAGUAUGCUGAAACUUUGUAAGUUCAACUUUGCUAUUUAUUAAUUGAACAUAAGGGCUUUAAAUUCACACACUGUGGUGGCAUGAGAUUACAAUAUUUAAAAAUGCUGAAGCUUUUAUAAUCCCAACAUUUCUUGUACAAGCCGACUCAGCUUACAGGAGCCUGUGAAGAAAAUAAGUAGCAUAAAUAAUAGCCUUAAAUUUCGAGCACAUUAGCCUUAAUACACUGGGGGUGUAUGGCUAUCACAGUUAAAAAUGUUUUGCACAGGCUUCACAGCUAGCUGCUUUAAUUGCCUUGCUUAUGUUCUCUGUC